AUGCCAGGUCUUGAACGACCAUGGCAGAGUGUCUGGCCGCCAGAAGACCAAGAUGAUUUGCAGCGCUGGCUCAAAACCGACAGUCCUGAGUUUAUUAAUUGGCGCUUUGACCCUAGCAACUUUUUCAAUCGUCCUUGGAGCAGUUACACUAGAAAUGAAGCUGCCAAGACUGAACAGGCGUACACCAUCCUGCCUCCUGAUGAUCCCGUUCCUGCUGCCGAUGCUCAGAAUGAAGCCAUAUCUGAGUCGUCUUCCCUUUUUGAGAGACCUGAAACGAAGCAACAUUAUCGCAAGAGUUACCCCGUAAAUAUCUACAACGUCCGCGGAAACGAGGAGUUGUUUACUCUCGACGCAUCAGGUUUUGAAUUUCAAAACUUGCCAUUUAAGAUGGACAGUUGGUCCGAUGAUACUGUGCAAGAGAGGUAUCUUCCAUUUCUACACAGCUGGCUUCUGCAGCGUUUUGCGUGUGAGCGCGUGUUCAUUUAUGCAUACAAUUUUCGUGGUGCGGACCCUCGACUGGGAGACAACCCCUUGGAAAACCCCCUUCUUUCUGGCUCACUGCAAUGCAACGGAAGCGUCCUGCAAGUUGAGAAUGGCACUGCACUUUCCAAUAACGUAGAUGAUGUCUUGAGCAAGCGCUAUCGAUUUGUAAACAUUUGGCGCUCCGUCCCCCCCAUCACCCAUCAGGACUGUCCCCUAGCGCUAUGCGAUUACCGAACCAUCACCAAAAAAGAAUAUAUCAGCACUGAUGUCAUCUUUCCUCGCUGCUGCAAUGAAGGUUAUGACAUUCAGUACAGCCCUGCGCAUCGCUGGUUCUAUCAGAAAGGCAUGUUGAUGGAUGAGGUGAUUUUGUUUAAGCUGGAUGAUAGUGCUGAUGGCGUAGCGAAGUGCGUCGCACAUGGGGCUUUCAACGAUCCUACGGCAAAUCCUGGAGCUGCCCAUCGGGCAAGUAUAGAAGUUAGAGCCAUUAUUCCAGACGGGAAUUAG